ACGGCAGCUCAGCUCCGACGGUCAUUUCACGGAGGGAUUGCGACCUCCACACGAGGAGGCUGGCUUUAACACACACCCAGGCCCACAACAACUACAAAUUAUAUUUCAAUCUGCUCUGGCCCUUGGCCUUUGCUGGGAGGCAUUUAGGCUUUUCCUUGCCACGAAAAGGUUCCUCGAGAGGCCGCCAGCAGACCCCGGCCUGUGGAGACCCGCCAGCACAGAAGGCCAGACGAGCCGCACCACUCCCUAGAGGCGAGCAGCGCCCUCCGCCGCGGUCUAUACCCGCCAGCGGCAGUAUCGCUCCGCCGCGGCUGGGCCGUGUGCGCAUGUGCUUGCGCAGCCGCCUGCCCCGUGGUGGCUGUGUGGAGGCCGGGCUGGGUUGAUAUGGCGGCGAGAUGCGGCGGGGGUCUGCGCUGGAUGAUGGUCGUGCCCUUGUUGCUCGUCGUGUUGCAGCUGGCGGGCGCCACCUCAGCCGCCGCCCUGCCUGUAGUCAUCAACACGUGGGCGUUUAGGAAAGCCGCCGAGACAGCAUGGAGAGUAUUACAGUUGGGAGGUUCUGAGCUGGAUGCGGUUGAGAGAGGCUGUGGUCAGUGUGAGAUUGACCAAUGUGAUGGGAGUGUGGGAUACGGAGGAAGCCCAGAUGAAAGUGGAGAAACAACACUGGAUGCAAUGAUUAUGGAUGGCAACACUAUGGAAGUUGGGGCAGUUGCAGAUCUCAGACAUGUAAAAAAUGCAAUUGGUGUAGCGCGAAAGGUCAUUGAAUACACUAAGCAUACGUUAUUAGUGGGAGAGUCAGCCUCCCUGUUUGCUGUAAGAAUGGGGUUUCCAUAUGAAGACUUAACUACCCAAAAGUCUCUUUUGGUGUAUUCGAAGUGGCUUAAUCAGAGCUGUCAGCCAAAUUACUGGAAGAAUGUGGUACCAGACUCUUCAAAAUCCUGUGGACCAUACAAAAGGCCUGAAAAAGUAAUUUGUAAAGACGAACAGACCAUCUCACAAAGAAAUGUUCAGAAUCAUGAUACUAUUGGUAUGGUUGUAAUUGGUGGGAGUGGAACUGUUGCUUCUGGGACAUCUACUAACGGUGCAGUCCACAAAAUUCCAGGCCGUGUAGGAGAUUCUCCGAUAGCUGGGGCAGGAUCCUAUGCGGAUAGUACAGCUGGAGGAGCUGCAGCCACCGGGGAUGGUGACAUCAUGAUGCGCUUCUUACCCAGUUAUCAAGCUGUGGAGUAUAUGAGAAUGGGAACAGACCCAACAGUAGCCUGCCAGAAGGUUAUUUCCAGAAUCCAGAAGUAUGCUCCAAACUUCUUUGGUGCUGUUAUAUGUGCCAAUACAACUGGAAGUUAUGGUGCUGCAUGUAAUAAAAUUCCAGGAUUCACUCAGUUUCACUUCAUGGUUUCUAGCCCUUUGCUAAGUCAGCCAACUGAGCAAGUAGUAGAUUGCAUUUAAUUUCUUUUGUCCUAUUAUAAUCUAAACUUAGAGGAGGAAGGUGCUAAGGUUCCCCAGGUGUUACUUUUUAAGAUGGUUGUUCCAAGUCUCUAAUGGCUCUUAGUCUGUUUCUGUAAGAACUAAGUAGUCAAAAGUGAUGAAUAGUAAACAUUGAACUGGACCUUUGCUUUGCCAUUUAAAAACAUACUUGACAGAAAUCUGGAAUAAAGGGCAGGAAGCGGGAGGGACUCUGCCUGUACACUUGAGACCUACUUUGAGAAUAUUUGUCUUUCUAAGAUUCAGUUCAGGUUUUCUUUUCUGUUGAAAAGAAACUUGCAUGCAAAUGCUGACAUUUGGAAAGGUAUUUGAAGAGUAGUGGAGACUAUUUCGAAGCUUUAAAGAGAUGAGGAGCAUCUCCAUGUGGACCUAACUUGUUUCACAACAGCUGAGAAUACGUUUAAAUAGAGAGGACAUCCAAACAUCCCUGGUAGUACAAGCCUUCAAGGAGUAUUGCGUUGACUCUGACUGGAUGUGAGGACAAUUAGAAAUCUUUGUUACCUGUUUUUUGUAGUGGAAGUUAAGUUAUGAAUCUUAAUCACAGUGAUUUACUUGUCACUGAUAUGCUGUGUGCUUGCCCUUUCCUGUAGCACGUUUACCCCUGCAAAGGAGCAGUUGAAUACCUAGAGCAUGACAGUUACCUAUAGCUAACAAAGCUGUUUUUGUCACUCUCUGUGUCUAGAGAUACCAGGAUUUAAUUGUAAUAGAACCUCAGCAUCUUGAGGAUUGUUCCAUAGGUAUUUGAAGAUCUGUUUGAUUGUUUUCUUCACUUCGUGGCUUGCCAAUCAUUUGAUUAAAUCUUUGCUAAACUUGAGCUAGGAAAAUUUAAAAGGGAGUGGGGGAGUAAAAUGAGCAUGUCUUGUCAUAAAUAUUUUUAAUUAUUCUUUGUCUACUUGAAUAAAAUCAUCGGGUAAUAAAAGCACACCUUAAUGUAUCAUUUAUAAAUAAGGUUGUUUAGAUGCUUGUGUACUGUGCCUUAGAAUGACUGUUGCUUUAUGUUCCAAGUUGGUAUCUUUAAAAGCUGGAAAAAACCCAUUGAAACUAGAGUAGCCAUCUUUAAUGGCCUACUGUUGAACUUCAUCAACAAAGUCAUUUAUUUGGAGGAUUCACUUCUGUCGCUGGAUCUUUGGAGCAUCUCGUAGCACACAGUUCACUGUAGGCCACAACAAGCUUUCCUUAAAGGAGCUCUUUCUGAAUCUAUCUGUAGUGGUUUAAGAUAAGUUUUCUACCUGUCCUUCCUACAACCAUUCUGCCAUGGCCACUGUAACUUCAGAUAACUCAGGCAGUCAAGUGCAAAUAGAUGAAAAAAAAUCCCAAUGUUUGUUACUUUGGAGAUGACAUUGUGGAUCUUGAACACAGAAGGUUCAGUACUGGCAGCUGGGUGGUAAUGUCUCAAACUGCUGCAGCUGAAUCCACCAGGAUUCAUUUUUGAAAGAGGUUAGGAACAUCCAUGGCUUGCUUUCUAGUGUGCUUAUGCCACUCUGUGCUAGCUAGUGUACGCCUCUAGAGGCUAUGAGUGCCCAUGCUGAAAGAUAGGAGUGUUCUGUAACAGUGUACCUGACGUCUCUUACAAUUCUAACUUACAGCAUAGUCAGCUCAUCUAUACAUGAGAACAAAAUUACUUGUCUCCAUGAGACGUAUGUACUCAUAUGUGUGGUUUAAUAAUGUAGGUUGCUUUGUGAUGCUGAAUUAGUUAUCAUAAAUGAAAGGGUUAGGUUGUGUAAAUUAUUUUAAUAUAUUGUUAAUUUGACAGUAUAUUAAAUAAUAAUAUUUAUAAAUGUACCAUUCUAAUGUUAUGGACAGAAUUCUGAAUUAAAAAAAUGUGCUUAA